UUGCCUAUCGAGCUCAUUGACGAGAUAAUUUCCUACUACAUCUGUGAUGCAUAUCCUACCGUGGACGAGGAUUUCUUGUCAACUGCCACGAGGUUGAAGCCCGAUUGGAGAUUGAUUGAGCCUCUCACCCUGACUUCCAGGAGUAUCCGCCAGUCGGCUAUCGAGGCUUGGUUCCACGUCUUUGUAGCCAGCCAUCCAAGGGAUCUCGUCGAGAUCGAUACGUUUCCUCAAGUCAGCAGCUGGAUAAGAGUCCUGCAUUGCAAAGAUCACGACAGAACUCUUCACGAUGCAGAAGCCGGCCCAUGGUGGGACCUCAGCAAGUUCAAACGCGUAAACAGACUACGCCUGGACGUCGACCCUCUCGACUAUAACUAUGCAUUCGACUUUUGUAACGUGCCGCCUCUGCAAGAGCUCGAGGUCCAUGACCACCCAUGGCCGUCUCCCGUCUUCCUGCAGGCCAUCGCGAUGCGGUUCCCUGAGCUGCGGGUCCUCCGGCUCUCGCAGAAAUCGAUCUGGUGUAGCCUCUGCAACACAUGCAACGUCCCAGCAUUCAAAGAGGAGCCGCCCUCGCCGAUCGUGUACACAGGCGGCAUUGGCCUACCCAUGCACUACAACCGCUUCUGGGCCAUGCUCAAGCACCUGCACACCGUGCGCAUCACCGUCGGCUACCACAAGGAUGGCUACUCUCGAAUCGACGAGGCGAACGAGAACCUCUGGUGCGGCGAGUGCGGCCACUGCAUGGCGGUCAUGUACGCAGACGAGGGCUUCCGGGUGGACUGGGUGGAGCGGAAGAAGAGCGCGCAGCUGCGGCCGCCGGCGCUGCAGCGCGUCGAGUGGCGGUUC